AUGAAAACUCUUCCCUACAGUUUCAUGAUACUCAAGUUCGCAGGUGGGUGGAAACCACUCGAGUGGAGCACAAGUAUAAAAGGAAAGUUAUAUGAUAUAUAUACACUAACAGUCACCUCAACAUUGGUCACUUUUUGCAUGUCUUGUAUAAUAGAUUUAUUUUACACAACAAAUUUUGAAGACAUUAUUAAAAAUAUGUCAAUGUCAUUAACAUUCAUAAUCGGCUGUUUAAAACUGAUUCUUUUUAAUGUGAAGCGUAAUGAAAUAAUUAAUGUCUUACAAUUAUUCGACCUAAAUAUCUGCAGAGUUAGAUGUGCUGAAGAAGCAAACAUACAGUUGAAGUACGCAAAAAUAGAAGAAAAUAUCGUUAAAAAGUUUGGAGGAUUGGCAUUUCUUGCACUAUUUGUUAUAAACAGUGCUUCAAUUUUUAAUAAUAUUCCAACAAAAACUCUCCCGAUCAAUGGCUGGUUCCCUUAUCGUCAUACCAACAGUACUGGAUUUUGGGUCGCAUAUUUACAUCAAAUAAUCGCACUCUCUUUCACCUCUAUGGUUGGAGUUUCCUUCGACACUGCUGUUUACGGUGUUUUCAUACGAAAUUGCAGCCAAUUGAAAACUUUAAAAAAUCGUCUAGAGAAUUUUGUUAAAAUAAUUAAUGAAGAAAAACUAAAUAACAAAACAAAUGGAUUAACUUGCACAACAAGAGAGUGUGAACAUAAAUUAAUCAAACAAUGCAUUCAUCAUCACUGGAUUAUUUUACAAUUUUCACAACAGUCCAAUGAUUUAUUUGCCCCAAUAAUAUUUAUGCAAUACUCUUUUAGUUCUCUGGUACUUUGUCUAAGCGUUCAAUCAUCAACGAAGCUUGUUUUUAUGAGUUCUGAGUUUAUAUUUAUGGUUAUAUAUCUUGGAUGUAUGUUAGUGCAAAUAUUUUUAUUUUGUUGGUAUGGCAAUGAAGUAGCGCUAGAGAGUUCAGGAAUACCUUUAGCAAUUUACAAUAUGGAUUGGCAAGUUCUGACAACUAGAAGUCAAAAAGAUUUGCUGAUAAUAAAAACCCGGGCUAUUUUUCCAAUUAGAUUUACCAGUGGUCAUUUAAUAGAACUUUCGUUAGAUUCCUUUACUAAACUCAUUAAAUUUUCAUACUCGGCGUACAAUCUUCUUCAUCAAAAAUAGUUAAAAUUUAAACUGUAGUUUAUAAACUGUAAAUCAUGUUAGUAAUAACUAGUUGCGAUUAUACGUCGCACCAAAACUAAUAAAUCAAAAGGUGGACCUAAAUAGUUCAUUAACUUAUAAAGUACCGCGACAAAAUACAGCGGAAGUUUGAAAAAAAAAAUAUGUAGUUUGAAAGACAUGUUCUGUAAAUUUAUAUUUUGUAAUUUAUGUUUCAAUCGAAUAAUAAAA